AAACACAUGGCUGUCAUUCGGCUCAAUGCCAUCUUUGCAAUUUGAUUCUCAUUCUUUUGGCGCUAUUUUCUUCUCCAUUGGGCAUUCUCUGUGCUGAUGAACUGAUAACUGGCAACACCUUUACUGUUUCCAGCUUCAGCUACCCUCAUACCACGCUCAGGCCCUUUGAUUUGCGAUAUAUCAGAGUUGAUUUGCCGCCAUGGUUUUCUGCUGUGUCUAUAUCCCUGAACUCAGAUGUUGACCUUGAUGCCUCAACAGUUGAAAGGGUUUCAAAAAGCAUACUGCCAAUAAUAUGCUUUAGAGAUGGAAGCCCUCCACUCCCUGAUGCGCUAAACACUUCUCUGAAAGAUCUGGCCAUUUCAGGAAUGAACGGUCUUGAUGUGGAGCAGUGCUUUCCCAUGCAGAGAAAUAUCACUGUGAAAUUGACAAAUGAGCAGAUAUCUCCAGGCAUUUGGUACAUUGGUCUUUUCAAUGGCAUUGGAGCUAGAAGCACGCAGUCAAAGAUGAUUAUCCGAGGCCCAGCAUACUCAUUCAGUGCCAAUAUAAGUGUUGAAGCAUGCACAAAUUCAAUGAUGAGGGGCAAAUUCUGCAACAGUACUGUCUAUCCACUUUCAUGCUCAGUCUCUAAUACUUCAAUAGUGAACAAGUCAACGGUGGAAAAUAUUGUGACAUGCAGAAAUAAUUUUGGAACUGUUUGUGUUUGGGAAGGGGUACCAAAAUUAUAUUCGUUGGAUAUAAUGAAUGUGGUGGAAGAGAUGACCAUUGUGGCAGCAAAUAUCACUUCCGGUGCAAAUGAUGUUAAUCUAAUGUGUUUUGCUCGGCAUGGUGCCAUACCUUCAGUAACGUUGCAUGACUAUUCCUAUAAUUUAAAUAAAGCUCCUUUGGUUAUUCAUUCACCCCUUAUUGGUCGUUGGUACAUUAGUAUAAUUCCAGUUAAUCUUACAAAAAAUAGCGGAGAGUCACAGAAUGGUGAUGUAAGGGUUUGCUAUUCCAUGGAAUCACAAGUGCUUGAAUGCGCAUCUGGAAAAGCUGGACCAAAUUGUACCUUGGAAAGCUUCAUGCUUCAGACAGUUCUAAGGAGAGGUUCUACCCCCUUUGAAUCAUAUUAUUUGCCAAUUGGUGAACGAGUGCCCUCAUAUUCUGCUAUUUUUCCUCUCGAGCCACUAUUAAGCAAUUCAUCAUACGUAGGACAACCUGAUAACACCUGGACUUACUUUCUUUUGGACAUUCCUCAUGGAGCUGCUGGAGGAAAUAUUCACAUUCGACUAUCCUCUGAUUCGAAGAUUAGUUAUGAAGUAUAUGCCAGAUUUGGUGGAUUGCCAUCUCUUGACAAUUGGGAUUAUUAUUAUGCUAACAAGACAAGGAGGAGCGAUCCAUCUAUGUUUUUUGUGUUAUAUGAGUCAAGUGAUGACAAGAUUGAUUUUUAUAUUAUUUAUGCUAGAGAAGGAAUGUGGGGCUUUGGUCUAAGACAUCUUAAUACCAGUACUGUUUCUUCAAAGGGACAGACCGUCAUGUCUCUUUCACUUGAAAGAUGCCCGAAGCGAUGCUCCUCUCAUGGGGACUGCAAAUUUUCUUUUGAUGCAAGUGGGCUAACAUCAUACAGCUUCUGCUCUUGUGACCGAAACCAUGGAGGCUUUGACUGUAGCAUUGAACUUGUAUCACAUCGAGGACAUGUACGGGAAUCAAUUUUCCUCAUUGCCUCUAAUGCUGCAGCCAUAUUUCCUGCAUACUGGGCACUUCGGCAAAAGGCAUUUGCAGAGUGGAUUUUAUUCACAUCCAGUGGAAUUUCGAGUGCACUAUACCACGCUUGUGAUGUAGGCACGUGGUGUGCAUUGAACUACAAUGUCUUGCAGUUCAUGGACUUCUGGCUAUCUUUCAUGGCUGUGGUUAGCACUUUUGUUUACCUUGCUACCAUUGAUGAAGUGUUUAAGAGGGCAAUUCAUGCGGCAGUUGCUAUCCUUACAGCUCUCAUGGCUGCAACAAAAGCAACCAGGUCUUCUAACAUAGUUCUUGUAAUAGUCAUUGGGGGCGUUGGUCUUCUUAUUGGUUGGUUGAUAGAAAUCUCAUCAAAGUAUAGGUCACUUUCCUUCUCAAUUGGGUUUUCAUUAAAUUCCAUUAACAGCUUGGAAAUUAUAAAGCAACGGCUCUAUAAUCUCAUGAAGACGCUUCUGAGACGGUUCCGAUGGGGUUUCUUAUUGGCUGGUUUUGUGGCAUUGUCCAUGGCUGGCAUAAGCUGGAAGCUUGAAACUAGUCAAACAUAUUGGUUUUGGCAUAGCAUGUGGCACAUCACAAUAUACGCAUCUUCUUUCUUGUUCCUUUGUUCAAAGGCAAAAAUUGUUGAUAGUGAGAAUCAAUCACCUGCAAGUGGAAACUAUGCUCUGACUCGUCAAGAUUCACUUUCAAGAGGUAGUGGAUAAAAGUUUUCUAUGGAAUACAUAGGCUGGUGUAAGUAAAAUGGAUGGUUUAGACUUUAGAGGAUUUAAUUCCUGAGAAGACAUCAAAGGAAGCAGUAUAUGUUUGUACAUUCUUUUGUGCUUAAGAUUUGCUGCUAUCAUUCUUUCUUUUUUCUUUCUUUCCUAAUAUUUAAUAAUUUUUGUCUAUACUGGCUCUAUGAUCAAAGGUAGGAGAAUGAUUGAGAAGGGUUUAGUUUAGUUGUUGGGGAAGAGGUUAUGGGUCAGAGUUUUUGUCAUGUAAUCAUUAUUGCUUUUGAGAUAACUCAUUUGAUCAUUACUUUGUUUUAGAAAGUUCUUUAUAAUUCUUAAAUUGGCUUUUUAAUUA